UAUAUCCGUUUUGUCAUACAGCGGCUGCAACGACAAGAGGGUGUUUCUGCGUAUAUUUUUGACAGAUAGAGGGAUUUAGUGGAUAUUUUCAGCCCCCUGCGCAAUUAUACGUCACAAAUUGAAAGAUUUCUCUCUUGUCAACUGUGAAAAAAAGUGAACAACAAAGAAUUCAGUGUGAACAUCGACCUAUAAGGAAAGCUUAGUUCCUGUCAGUUUCUGGUCCACCCAGGGCCAGUAGUAUACAGUAACUAUACUGAGAACUCCCACAGAACUCUGAUAUGGCCAACCGUGCUGGUGCACAGAGACCCAAUGGGGCCACCCAGGGGAAAAUUUGUCAAUUCAAACUUGUUUUGCUCGGAGAAUCCGCUGUGGGAAAAUCAAGUUUGGUGUUACGAUUUGUGAAGGGACAAUUUCACGAGUAUCAAGAAAGUACAAUUGGAGCUGCAUUUCUAACACAGACAGUGUGUUUAGAUGACACAACAGUGAAGUUUGAAAUCUGGGACACAGCCGGCCAGGAGCGCUAUCACAGUUUGGCACCCAUGUAUUACAGAGGAGCACAGGCUGCUAUUGUUGUGUAUGAUAUAACAAACCAAGACACAUUUGGAAGAGCAAAGACCUGGGUGAAAGAACUACAAAGACAAGCCAGUCCGAAUAUUGUGAUAGCUCUUGCUGGCAAUAAGUCUGAUCUCUCAAAUAAACGAAUGGUUGAAUAUGAGGAAGCCCAAGCGUAUGCAGAAGAAAACAGUUUGCUGUUCAUGGAGACAUCUGCUAAGACUGCCAUGAAUGUGAAUGAUAUUUUUUUGGCGAUAGCCAAGAAAUUACCGAAAAAUGAAGGCGGCGGAGCAGCACAACCACGUCAACAAGGCAUGAAGAUUAAUAAUAGCGAAACGAGUCAAACGUCAGAAGGUGGAUGCUGCAAGUAACGAGCAAUGUGAUUGGACAAUGCAAUGGGACUAGACAUGUGGUCCAGUGGAAUAAUGGACUCCUUACGGGCUUUUUAUUGAAGAAUUAUAUUACAAAAUCAGAUGAAGCUAAAUGUGACCAAGGCAAGAUAUCUGUAGCAGGGCCUGUCUGUGCCAUGCUACGUGUUCAGGAUUUUAAAGGUUGUCGCGUUGUAUCUAUAGGGCAACAGAUUGGCUCGAGGUCUAUAUCUUUGAAGAUAGCAGGUUUCAUCACAUAUUAUGAACCUUAAAUUACUUUUAACAUAUAUGAAGGUCUAUGGUUAUCAACAUGAAAAUUCAAACAAAUUAUGAGAAGAUAUCACAUUUUGGGUCUAGGUUUGCUUUGAGGAUUCAUUUAUUUAAUGCCAUGAGAGAUUUCAAGGAAACUCAAUGCAAAUUGUGACAUUUAAUUUCAAAGAUGGAAAAGAUUUGGUGUCUUUUUAUUGGGAGUUUUUCUUAAAUAGAAUCAAAUUUUUUUAUGCAUAUGUGAAGUUUCUUUUCUGCAUUAAUGGCUAUAAUAUUGAAGACCUACUCAGUAGAAAAUAGUUGGUUUUAUGUCAGGAUGUUGUUUAUGAAGAUAUUUUUGCCGGCAGUUCUUUGUUGUUGAUAUUUUCAUCUCCAAUUUUUUUAAAUUUUUUUUUCAUAUUAAAGAAAAAAUUACGCUGCUAAGGCCUACAUAUAUUGAAGUUUAAGAAAGUCUCGGUAACUUGCAUGAACUACCAAAAUCAAAUCUUGAAAUGCUUACUUUGACUUUUGACUGAAUUGAUAGUGUCAAUACUAACUACUUAAUUUAAGGUAGAACAACCUACAACUGGUUUUGAGAACUCCUGUAUUACAUUAAAGGUUACUGAUUUAACAAAAGCUUGCUGAACAUAUCAAGAGUAAUAAAAGGAAAAAAGAGAUAUUUCAUUUCCAAUAUUUCAGGAAAUUCUGAUGUCCAAUUGAAGUGUAAGCAGAUAUGUUACAUUGUUAUCGGUUUUUGAUGAGCGAGUACCAGGAUUUUAAAUCAUUAAGCAUACUUUGUGAUGACACUUAACAUGGUGAUGGUGAUGUUUAGAUGUAACUUAGAAUUCAAUAUCAAUUUCACAGGAAAAUAUUGAAGGAAAAACAGUAGGGUUCAGGAAAAAAUGUAUCGGGAUAUCUCAUACAAUAUUUGAUUAAAAGAUGUAAAGGCCAAGUUGAAGCUAGUACAGAUAAAAAAAAUAUCUGUUCCACAUGAAAAUUUUGCUAUUCUGAACUGCGAUUUAGUUGGUACUGUCAUAUUUGCAAGCUUUAGAUAGACAUAAGUUGGAGAUUGAAUUCCUCAAUGAAGAAUGGCCUGCAGAAUGUCUUCACAGAUAACAGACAGGGCGAGAUGUCCUCACCUGUAUAAAACAGUAAUUCAAUGUAUGUGAUAUAGAUGUGACCACACCUAGAACAAAGGUCAUGGAUGUGACCACUAACUUAGCAUAUGUAGAUAGGUUUUUACUGUUGUGUUUCGACCUAUUUAUUUCUACAAGAACACUUGUACAGCUGAUCAUGUAUAUGUUAAGAUACAUACAUUGCACUUUAUAUAGUGCAUUUGUCGGUCUGUCAAAUACAACACGUCGCACGGAUUGCAGAGCGAUCGUCAGUUUAUGUAUCUAUUUAUAAUUUGCAACAUAUAGCACUUGAUGAGUGUGCGAUCGUGGGUCUAUGUAUCUAUAAAUAAACUACAGGCAUUGAUUAAAGUGCAAAUGUGAGUCACCUUGUUAAUACCUAGACCCUGGGUAGAGGAGACCGAGAAGGGGGUAGGGUGUUGUAUGGAUGAAACACAAGAUGUUUUCAAACUUUGUUUCUCACAUGUGCUGUAUUGUUUUUUCUUGUUUGUGCUUCUAAUAGUGUAAACAUUUUUUGAAAGUGAGAAACAUUUAUGUGUAUUUGUUCACAAAAUAGUUGUAGAAGGAUGUACUUUUCCUGGGACCCUGUUUUGACAAUAAAAAAUAUAGACUUGUCAAGUCCUGAAAUACUGUGCACCAAUUGUUUUCGGGAGAACAACUGUAUUCAUAAAAGUAGUUGAGUGAGUUAUGCAAGAGAUAAAUGUGUGUGUUUACAGUGAGCUUGUAUGAGAGGUUUGUAAAUUGUGUAUAUUCGGGAAUGUAUAGUAAAAACACAUCUAAUUGGUUUAGCUAUAUUGACUGUAACAUAAUAUAUUUAUAACCAUUCAAGUAGGAUUAGUCCUUUUUAUGGAGUUACCUCCCCUCGAAUAGUACUGUCAUUCACAAAUCCAGACUAAAAUGAGUGUAUUACACUGUUCUCAAAAUUUCUCUGUCAGGUUUGGCCAACAGCAGUACAUUGUCGAAAAUGCAUGCGUAGUUAUCUCUUCACGAAUGUUUCCCUUGUGAAAAUGAUUAACAGUCUGCUUUGUAAUUAUGUAUGAAUCAUAAUUCUGCCGUAAAAUCUUAAUUUCUGGUGUACCCGAUUUAAAAAAACAACAACUUAAUUUUCAAUUUAUUUAUUCAGGAAAAAGGAUUUGCUGCAUUUUGUUUGAUUUCUUUGGUAUUUUUCAGAUGAAAAAUAAUCUGCUAUUGUGCAUGUAUCAUUGAUGUGCAUUUAUGAGAACAAAUAAAUGUUUUCAUGCCAACUUGUAAAUCCUGGAGAGGCAACUGCUAUGCUUCUGUUAUAGAACUGUUUUUUCAUGUAAAAUCAUUGUCCAUGAAUUCACCAUUAGACCAGAAAGAUUGUAAUUAUUCACAUAUCAUCUCGUUCUCAUGAUUUUUUCCUGACGAGAAGUUCAAAUGUUCAAAUUUUUCUCAAACAUGGGUUAUUAUGAUUUCUGAACUUGUACAAGCCUGUAUGAAAAUUGGAAUGAACCCAGUCAUAUUGUUCUUAGAUAAUAUGACAUUUUACAGAGCUUUUUUGUGGUUCACGAAUGAAAUAGAUUUUUCUUUAUACGACAUAUACCUAUGGCUUUGUGUAUGAAAAAUCUCUUUACAAAAAGAAAAGCCUUGCUUACUUUUGUAUUGGCUUAUACAUGGUAAAAAGUGCCAUUAUGAAUCCCAUUUUAAAAUCAAUAUUGGUUCAAUUUUCUGGGUGAUAACAAGAUUUCAUUGCAUGUACAAAAUUAAAAAAAAAUUCCAUUCAAUGGUUAAAAUUUUCUGGGCAAGAGCAAGAUUCCAUUGCAUGUACAAAAAAUUUAAAAUUUGUUCCAUGCACACAAACUUCAAUAAAACAAGGGGAGAUAAUCUUCUUUACUGAUGUACAUACAAAAACUAAGUCAACAUUAAACUUAUUAUUAUGGCUUCUAUACAUAGUGUACACAUUAACUGUCAUUGUAUUUGUAAAAAUACAGGUAGAAUUUGUAAAGAGUUACUAUAAAGAUACAUUGAUAAAAACACUUAAAAUCAUUCGUUGUUGUUAAUUAUCUGGUAAAGUUUUUACAAAACUAUGCUGGUAUGUCACCUUUUUCUCCCAAUGUUUGUGAUAAUGCUGUGUAUGACGUUAUGUUCCAUAGAGAAAUUAUCAUGAUACAAAUAAUACUGAAAUAAAAAAAAUCUAAAUUAAAACUA